CUUACCGAGUUCGUUUCAAGAUCCCAACGCGGUCUUUUAAGUCCGGGUGGAGGGUUAUAGUAGCCGGCUCUCCGACACGUGGUACCGAUCGGGAAACUAAACUUCAGAUAACUAUUAAUCUGGCAUUAAAUCAUCUGCAGCUCAAAGUUUGUUAACUUUCUCAGGAUCUGGGUGAAAGUUCGGGUACCAAAAAUAUCUUCAGUGCUCAGCCGGGAGGAAAUGAACCGAUAGAUUUUGGAGACAGCCGCAAAAACAUUGGAAGCUCGCCUCUUUUAAAAACUUUUUCUCUUUCUAAGCAUAUAUAUUUAUGUAAAACAGAGUGGAAAGGGAGCUUCUGCUGCUGAAUACAUAUCGUGUUAGGCCUGACUUUCUUUUAGGUUAGACUUUCCUAAAGCGCUGAAUGUUCCUCAAUGAAAAAAGAGCGAAUUCAGGUUCUUUCACUUUUGUUGAGUGUGGGUUAACAAAACCACAGCAGCUGAGUGCCAAGUUUAUUCCCGAUGAGUAUUACUGAGGAGACCUAGAGGAACAUGAGUGAGAAACAAGCGCUGGAAGACACUAAACCAAACGAGGAUCAGAGUGUGUGGAAGGCGGACUCUGACAACCAUGUCAAGCUGGAGGGGGGCGACGCUGCGAAGCCCAGCGACAUCUCAAGUGAAGGGAACGGCAGCGAAGGACUGCAAGCUACCCGUCUUUACCACCGACGAUGGGUGAUCGUCUUCUUGUUCAGCUUAUAUUCGCUGAGCAACUCUUACCAAUGGAUACAGUACAGCAUUAUCAGCAACAUUUUCACCAAGUUCUACAGCGUCGAUGAUUUCACCAUAGACUGGAUGUCUAUGAUCUACAUGCUCACAUACAUUCCCUUCAUCUUCCCGGUAACCUGGCUGCUGGACAAAAAAGGGCUCCGGGUCAUCGCCCUCGUCGCCACGGCGCUCAACUGCGCGGGGACGUGGAUCAAAGUGGCCAGCGUCAGACCCAACCUGUUCUACGUGACAUUCCUGGGACAGUUUUGCUGCUCUUUCGCGCAGGUCUUCAUCCUCGGGAUGCCAUCUAGAAUCGCGUCGGUGUGGUUUGGUUCAGAGGAAGUGUCCACUGCAUGCUCCAUCGGAGUCUUUGGGAAUCAGCUGGGUAUUGCAAUCGGGUUCCUUGUGCCUCCUAUCCUGGUGCCUAAUGUGGACGACAUGGAUGAGCUGGCUCACCACAUCCGAAUCAUGUUCUACAUAACGGCAGGGGUGGCUACUUUACUCUUCGUCCUUGUUGUCUUCGUUUUCCAGGAGCGUCCUAAAAUUCCACCGACUCAGGCCCAGGCCACAGCUCGCAGCAUUCCACCAGAGCAGUACUCCUACAUAGCCUCCAUCCGAAACCUGCUGCGCAACAAGCCCUUCAUGCUCCUCGUCGUCACCUAUGGUCUGAACGUUGGUUGUUUUUAUGCUGUCGGGACCCUACUGAACCGCAUGAUCAUCGUGCAUUACCCUGGAGAAGAAGUGAACGCCGGGAGGAUUGGCCUCACCAUCGUCAUCGCAGGGAUGGUCGGCUCCCUCAUCUGCGGCGUUUGGUUGGACAGAACGAAAACGUACAAGCAGACGACCCUUGCAGUCUACCUCUUGUCUCUGGUGGGGAUGAUCGUUUAUGCUGCUACACUCAGCCUGGGACACCUCUGGGUGGUUUUCAUCACCGCUGGAGUACUUGGGUUCUUCAUGACGGGCUACCUGCCACUGGGCUUUGAAUUUGCAGUCGAACUGACAUACCCAGAGUCAGAGGGAACAUCUUCUGGCCUCCUCAACUGCUCAGCACAGGUGUUCGGAAUUAUAUUCACCAUUUGCCAAGGCAAGAUCAUUGACAAUUACGGCACGCUGGCAGGAAACAUCUUCUUGUGCGUCUUUCUUCUGAUAGGCACAAUAAUGACAGCUUUAAUCAAGUCUGAUCUCAGGAGGCAAAAUGCUAACCUGCAGGCCAAAGCAGCCGCGGAGAGGCACAAGUCAGGACAAGACUACGGAGCCACAUCGCUAAUCUCCGAGCAGCAGACUUCUUCUCAAGCCUGAUCAAUAAAAAUUUUCUGCUUCCACAAAAAAAAUAAAAAAUGAAAAAAAAAUCUCAAAUCUUAGCUCAUCAUAAAGGUGCACAAAGGUAGGAGCACAAAGCAAUCACCACACACUGCCACUGAUCAAGAGCACCUGCUGUACACCCUUUUCACUGUUACACCUGUUUUACUGUCUCUAUGUGUUUCUGAGGAUCGUGCAAAAGAAAUCAUAAUUACACAAUCAUGAAAAUCAUGUGAUUUUUGAUUCUUCCCCAUGAAGCCCUGCUACUGAUUUUCUCAGUAGCAGUUCUACUAAAAUCAGCUAAAGUCACUUAAGGACAAUUAAGUCAGCUGGGGGUAAUCAUUAACCCCUGCAUGAACCUGUUGAUUCCAAAACACUUCCUCACAUUGGAUUACAGCUACUUCUAACUAUCCUAUUUUUGAACAGCUGACUGGCUUAAACUUUCCUCAUAAAUGCGAAUGGCACUUCCAUAUAGAAAUAAAACAGCGCGGCUUAUCACAGUAGGAAAUCAAGAACGAGAUCAUACAGCUCAUCAUGCUGUGUGAUUCACUUUAGUGUUCUUGUGUUUUAGGAGGCCAGUGUGUGAAGUUGCUGCCUGCGGCAUGGCUUUGAUUGGAUUUGAAUCACAGCGUAGUGUUUGUGAUUUUUCAGAUGAAGUCAGCGCGGUACUGCUAAUUUUCCUGUUCUUGCCUGUUGUUGCCUUUGCUUGCUUACAGCGCUGUCCUAUAUCCUACUAAUACCACCAGAGAUUUCAUCUAGUUAAAAGUAUGGACGCUCAACAUGAAUGGAAUAAAGUCCUUGCUAGUUGGAUCUUUACUUAAUCCUUUUUUUCACUCCAUCUUUGCUUUAGUUAUUUAAAAUGAUGAACAUGUAAUGUAUGUGAAAGGAAAUUAAAAAUGACAUUAUAGCAAUAACCAACAUUAAGCUGAUUACAGUCUUUAACAAUAAGAAAAUGUUGUUAACUACUAUCUUCCAUCUUCAUAACUGAUCUUCUGCCUUUCUUUAAGAGAAAAUCAAACCUGUGAAGGUUUUUUUUUUUGUAUGAAAUCUUUUCUACUGAUUUAACAGUUGCAUCGUUUUUGCCUCCCAGAAUGCUUUGAUUGUGGCAAAAAACUUUCAGACAUUGAUUUUUGCAGUCGCAUGUAAAAUGUACACUGGAUUGAGGCGCACUUUCUGCUGCUGUUUGUGCAGUGCCAUGAGGAUUUUAUUUCCCUUUUUUGCCCUGCAGACACAUAAUUUUAUCUUUAAGUUUUCUUGAUCUUCGAGAGUCUUUCUUGAGUUCCACAGCUGGUUUUUUACUGUUGGUUUCCGGUGAAAUUUGCUCUCAUUUAUGCUAAUAGUGUUCAGUCAGCUUCAUCUUUGACUCGAGUGUCACAAAGGUUUUGAAGAGUCAGAUGGUUUACAGCGCUUGAACCUAUCUUAUCUGUUAAUUAAGGUUGUAAGCAGGUUCAUUUUACAAGUAAGGAAUGUGAUAAAACCUUUGCACGUGGCCCAAUCAUAGAUUGUUUUCUACAGUACAUAUAAGGGUAAACAAAAAAGAAAAUUAACACUUGAAGCGUCUCAUCUUUUGCCUUUCUGUCCUUUGUUGUGUAUUAACACAACAAAGGACAGAAAGGUGAAACAUUUAUAUUUAUUUAAAUUCAUUGACAUUUUUGCAGUGC